CUUGAAAAUAUUUAAUUAUUUCUUAAGAAUUCUAAUAAAAAUUUCAAACAAAAAUGGACGAAAAUAAUAAACAAAAUGACCAAAAUAUGAAUGAAUCUUUUGAAGAUGUCACAACAAAAAUAACAAAACGUAGAACACUUGUAGCGCCAUGGAAAAAUAUUGAAGAAUUCAAUAAAGUAUAUUCAUGGAUCUACGGAGAAUCCUCUACAAACGAAACCAGACAACUUGCCUGCCGACAAAUGACUGUCUGGAAAAUUCGUCGUUCAAAUCUAACUCCAGCCGCCGUUUUGGGUACUUUAGUUAUUCUUGAAAUUCAAUUAAAAGAUCAACAAGACAAAGACUCAAACAACACUCCCGAACAAAUGAAAGAAUUACAAAUUCUCUAUGCCAGUGCAUUUACACGCUUCUUCAAUUACAUGUCUUCCAUUAUGCAAACACAAACCCAAAACAUGAAAACCAUGUACGAAACGGCCAAAGAACUUAAUCUGCGCUCAUUUGUUGUCGAUUUGAGACACAUGUGUGCCCAUGGUCAAGAUAUGCCUUCAAUUGAAAUCCUCCGAAGUGCUUCCAAGUACUGUCUGCGUUGGUUGGAGGAUUUCUAUUGGAAGAGUCAGAGUAAUUCCAUGCAAAAUGUGGAUAUUCGAGAUAUUCGCUCGAAAGAUACAACUAGCUUUGAACAAAGUGUUUGGAAGCUAUUCCAGUUGUAUGAUGCAGCUUUGAGAUGUUGCUUGAAAGGUGAGAAGAUUAGCAAGAAAAAUGCCAGAUGGGAAAAGUUACUCCAACCCAUCUCAGAUCCAAAUAAGUAUAAUUUGAGUCCUUUUGAGAUAUUGGGUAUUGUUGUGAAGAACUUUGGAGUUGAAGUGAUACGAGAGAGAAGCAUGAUGGAUUUGUCGGAGGUCGCUAUUGAUGCUUUUCUACAAAUGAGAUUUUUCUUUAAAUUUGUCAGUGACAAACUACCCGAAACAGAUGAAGAACUUGAGAAUCUUAUUAAACACACUCAGGGAAUUUUCCGAAUGUUUGCCGUCUAUGAUCUGAUUGAGGACUUAUUCCGCAGUCUUUUGGCGAUUGUAGAGAAUGACAAUGAAGAAUCACAGCGCCGAAAAGGGGCUAGUUUCUGGGCAAAUCAGAUUGUUCUAGGGUUCAUAGCUUUUCGUCGUUGUAAGGAGAUUUUUAAAAUCGAAAGAGAGGAGAAUCCUGAUCAAAACUUUGAUUUGAAUUCUCUAAACUUUGACAAUACCUCGAAAAGAGUUUUGAAGUUUUACUCUAGAAGUGGCAUUAAUCCAAAGACAGCUUUAAUCUUUGGUGAUUCUGUCCGAAGACCAUGGGUAUGGACUUUUGACAAAGAGUUUGUUGAAGAAAGAGUUCGAUUUGUGAACGAAUAUUCAAUCGAUAUACUUAAAAAUAUCUUGCAUUUAGUUGAUCCACAAUUAACAGAAGCUGAAAUAAAAAGUCUGAAGGAAUUAAUGGAGUUAAGGCUUCUCAAUGACACAUCCAUAGAUUAUCCAGAUAUUGCAGAGGAUGAGUCAAGUUCUUCUGAUAAAAUAUACACACCCACAGAUGUUUUGAUUCAGAUUGGAACCAUUGAAAAUGAUGAUACUGAAAUGCAAGAUGUUACUGAUGGUGGGGUUAAAAAAUACGGAAUAUGGUCAACUGUUCCAGAUUGUCAAGAUUGGUAUACUUGCCCCAUUGGAAGCCUUAUAUGGGACUAGAUUUGUAUAUAAGCUCCUUGUAUAACUUUUCCUAAAAAAAAAACUGUUGCCUGACUAUGAAUUUAAUAUAAUUUCUGAUUUUUUUUAAAUAAACGCUUCUUUUGUUAAAACAAAUAUUAA